AUGGCGUCUCCUAAUGAUGAGGACCCGUUCCUCCAGGUCCAACAAGAUGUCCUCUCCCAGCUAGCCUCGACACGGCCCCUCUUUGAGUCCUACCUGCGCAUCCGCUCCCUCUCGACAGCGGCCACCUCCCCGGAGCUCACAGCCGCUCGUGCCGAUCUUGAGUCUGCACUCUCGUCGCUCGCCGAAGACCUCGCCGACCUCGUCGAGAGCGUGCGCGCCGUUGAAGACAACCCGGCUCAGUUUGGCCUCAAUGUGGCCGAAGUCACGCGGCGCCAGCGCGUGGUGCAGCAGGCGAGCGAAGAGGUGGACAAGAUGCGGCGUGAGCUCAAGGCCGUGGUGUCAGGCCACAACCGACCAGGAGGUGCUGGUGGUGCUGGCGGCGACCUGCCCGACCCAAACGCGUUUGCCAUGGAAAAUGGUGAUGGAACAGACAAUUACGCUGAGUUUGAGCGCGAGCAACAACUGCAAAUGAUGAAUGAGCAGGACCAGCAUUUGGACGGCGUGUUCCAGACGGUCGGCAACCUGCGGCGGCAAGCCGACGACAUGGGCCGCGAGCUGGAGGAGCAGCGCGAAAUGCUCGAGGUGACAGACAACCUUGCGGACCGUGUCGGCGGGCGGUUGGAGACGGGUAUGAAGAACUUGCAAACCAUUAUCCGGCGCAACGAGGACCGGUAUAGCAGCUGCUGCAUCGGUGUGCUGAUUGUUGUCCUGAUUGUGUUGCUGGUUUUGCUUCUCGUGCUCUAG